AUGAAGUAUGAAGAGUCUUCUGAUAUGUACAUAGGAGAGUAUCUAGUCACCAGCGAAAACAGCUUAGACGAUGAAUUAGACAGCAUAACAACUAAAAUAGAUAUACACAUAGAAGACGACAGCCUCCCUGGAAUGUUCAGAAGAGCAACCAAAUGCAUAGAAAAUGCAGAUGCGCUCUCUCUGUACAGUUUGUCUACUGCGCUGCUGGGCUACACUCGCAUAGUUAUAUCGGUGUACAAUGUAAGCAAGGAGGAGUGUUCAUUCCUGCACAAAACCCUGCACAUUCUGAAAGAAAGACUGCCCAUCCCCGUUGAAAUAAGCCAAAAUAUGCUGUGCUGCACUCAUUUAAUCAUAGCAUCUAGCUCGCACAGAGAGUGCAAAGUGUCCUGUCCGUAUCUACUCGGCAUUCUGUUUGGCAAAUCAAUGGUUAACUUCAACUGGUACUUGUCUUUGUUCAGUGAUGCCCUCAGCAUAGAGACCGCCACCCUGUUGAACAUAGUACGCUCGGAGAUGGAUAUAACUGAUGCUGCAGAGAUGUCUUCUAUCUACGGAAUGCACGAAGGGUUCUUUAGUAAUGUAAAUAUAUCAGGGCAGAUAGCAGAAAAAGAAAAGAGGCUGGUCUAUCUCCUAAACGGAACAGCUGAUAGAAAGAGCAAGAGACUUACAGUAAAAAUAGACACACACGAAGAGCUUUUCUAUCUAAUCACAUCGGACUCGAGCAAGCCCUGGUAUCUAUCCUUGUUUCCAGGAAGAAGCUGCAUACAUCGCAUGAAGUAA